UUGAUUACAACGAGUAAUCCUAUCUCUUAAAUUACAUAUACCCAUGUAUGUGUGUUUAUAGAUUCCGCAGGGUUGGUAAAGGAAUUGAUAACAACAUCCAAAAUGCGAAUGCAGUUAUAAAGGCAUGCUGCACGUUACACAACUUUUUACUUGAGGAGAAAGAUGCCAUGCCUACAAUUUGGUUAAGUGAACAAACAAAUAUGGGCCGAAAUACAAAUUAUCCAAAUCACUCAACAAAUUUGAUGCACAAUAGACAUGAAGCCGAAGAUAUAAUAAACGCUCUCAGUAUACAUUUUGCAAUUUUUUCGUUAACUGCCAAGUUCUCAUGGACUGCUUGCUUAAAAACCUUGCCGAACUCCCCAUACAUUGUCAGUAACUUUUCAUUUCCUUUACUUGUUGCGCGCACAUUGGAAGACGAUGCUCGUUCCGAAGGCGGCGAGGGCAGCGCCAGUUCAGUGGAGGAUAGGGGAGAGGCUGACGCGAAUUCUUCAGUCCAUGACGAAGAUGAAAUGAAAUCAAAUAAAGAAAAAGAAAUUAAAUAAUAUGGAAUUUGUAUGUACAUAAAUUAAUAUUUUGU